AUGUCUCGUGCCCGCCAGCCCCCCCUGGUCACGGGCAUCUCGCCCAAUGAGGGCACCUCAUGGACCAAGGUCACCAUCCGAGGAGAGAACCUGGGCACGGGUACCGCUGACCUCGUUGGUACGACACACACAUGUAUACAUGAAAGCAAGGACUUGCACACACACAUACAUACAGUGAGGGAAAAAAGUAUUUGAUCCCCUGCUGAUUUUGUACGUUUGCCCACUGACAAAGAAAUGAUCGGUCUAUAAUUUUAAUGGUAGGUUUAUUUGAACAGUGAGAGACAGAAUAACAACAAAAAAAUCAUGAAAAACGCAUGUCAAAAAUGUUAUAAAUUGAUUUGCAUUUUAAUGAGGGAAAUAAGUAUUGGACCCCCUCUCAAUCAGAAAGAUUUCUGGCUCCCAGGUGUCUUUUAUACAGGUAACAAGCUGAGAUUAGGAGCACUCCCUUAAAGAGUGUGCUCCUAAUCUCAGCUUGUUACCUGUAUAAAAGACACCUGUCCACAGAAGCAAUCAAUCAAUCAGAUUCCAAACUCUCCACCAUGGCCAAGACCAAAGAGCUCUCCAAGGAUGUCAGGAACAAGAUUGUAGACCUACACAAGGCUGGAAUGGGUUACAAGACCAUCACCAAGCAGCUUGGUGAGAAGGUGACAACAGUUGGUGCGAUUAUUCGCAAAUGGAAGAAACACAAAAUAACUGUCAAUCUCCCUCGGCCUGGGGCUCCAUGCAAGAUCUCACCUUGUGGACUUGCAAUGAUCAUGAGAACGGUGAGGAAUCAGCCCAGAACUACACGGGAGGAUCUUGUCAAUUAUCUCAAGGCAGCUGGGACCAUAGUCACCAAGAAAACAAUUGGUAACACAUUACGCCGUGAAGGCCAAAAAUCCUGCAGCGCCCGCAAGGUCCCCCUGCUCAAGAAAGCACAUAUACAGGCCCGUCUGAAGUUUGCCAAUGAACAUCUGAAUGAUUCAGAGGAGAACUGGGUGAAAGUGUUGUGGUCAGAUGAGACCAAAAUCGAGCUCUUUGGCAUCAACUCAACUCACCGUGUUUGGAGGAGGAGGAAUGCUGCCUAUGACCCCAAGAACACCAUCCCCACCGUCAAACAUGGAGGUGGAAACAUUAUGCUUUGGGGGUGUUUUUCUGCUAAGGGGACAGGACAACUUCACCGCAUCAAAGGGACGAUGGACAGGGCCAUGUACCGUCAAAUAUUGGGUGAGAACCUCCUUCCCUCAGCCAGGGCAUUGAAAAUGGGUCGUGGAUGGGUAUUCCAGCAUUACAAUGACCCAAAACACACGGCCAAGGCAACAAAGGAGUGGCUCAAGAAGAAGCACAUUAAGGUCAUGGAGUGGCCUAGCCAGUCUCCAGACCUUAAUCCCAUAGAAAAUCUGUGGAGGGAGCUGAAGGUUCGAGUUGCCAAACGUCAGGCUCGAAACCUUUAAUGACUUGGAGAAGAUCUGCAAAGAGGAGUGGGACAAAAUCCCUCCUGAGAUGUGUGCAAACCUGGUGGCCAACUACAAGAAACAUCUGACCUCUGUGAUUGCCAACAAGGGUUUUCCCACCAAGUACUAAGUCAUGUUUUGCAGAGGGGUCAAAUACUUAUUUCCCUCAUUAAAAUGCAAAUCAAUUUAUAACAUUUUUGACAUGCGUUUUUCUGGAUUUUUUUUAUUUAAUUAUGUCUCUCAUUGUUCAAAUAAACCUACCAUUAAAAUUAUAGACUGAUCAUAUCUUUGUCAGUGGGCAAACGUACAACAUCAGCAGGGGAUCAAAUACUUUUUUCCCUCACUGUAUGGGUAUGGUCUAUUUGAAUAUAGGCCUACCGCAGCUCUGAUUGGUUAUGCCACACCGGUCUGUGUAGAGUACGUGCAAUAGAAUCCUACUCUGAUGCGUUCUACAACAAAAUCUUGCAUAGUUUGUUUUGUUUCGGUAUGUUGCAUUGAAAGUGGCUAAUAUUGCGUUGAUUCAAUCACAAUUGCCACACACAGUAAAGGGAAACGUUGAUAGUGUUAACUAACAGGGAACCUGCGUGGCAGGUCUCGGGCUACUGCGCUCAGCUUAGAGGGAACAUCGGUCAAGUGUAAAUAUGAGUCUGAAAUCCAGUUGUUUGGAAACAACCUACAUGCCGGAAUCCCACACAGCCGACAACCUGGCCAAAGCCCUGCAUUCGGGAUGGCUAGACUGGGCCCUUGACGAAAAUAAAUGGUCCUAUAUCACCACAGACAACAGGGGCCAACAUUGUGGCUUCCGUGAGGCAACUAAACUGGCCUUGGCUAAUUUGCUUUGGCCACAAUCGCCAUCUCAUCGUCACCAACGGCAUGAACAGCAAAAAUCACACGCACAGGCUGGGCUCUAGGCCUAUGUAGAACUCUGGUGGGCACUUUUUCAUAGAGCUGGCAAAAAAAGAGGGCCCUACUGAAGGCUUAGACGGAGCUGAACCUCCCAAAUAACAGCCUCAUUGUGGUGAGAAAUUAAGUUUGAUAUAGCCUAUUCAAUGUUUAAAGACUAAGCUAUGCCAGGGAUGGGCAACUGGCGGGUCCCCCUUUUGAAGCCCCUAGGAUCACAAAAAAUACAUAUAUACAGUACCAGUCAAAAGUUUGGACACACCUAUUCAUUCAAGGUUUGACUGGUAGCGUAUACUACUCAUUCAAGGGUUUUUCUUUAUUUUUACUAUUUUCUACAUUGUAGAAUAAUAGUGAAGACAUCAAAACUAUGAAAUAACACAUAUGGAAUCAUGUAGUAACCAAAAAGGGAAACCCCUUCAAGACUGUUGAAAAGCAUUCCAGGUGAAGCUGGUUGAGAGAAUGUCAAGAGUGUGCAAAGCUGUCAUCAAAUGUCAAAUAUAUUUUUUUGGUUACUACAUGAUUCCAUAUGUGUUAUUUCAUAGUUUUGAUGUCUUCACUAUUAUUCUACAAUGUAAAAAAAUUGUAAAAAUAAAGAAAAACCCUUGAAUGAGUAGUAUACGCUACCAGUCAAACUUUUGACUGGUAGCAUAUAUAUUUAUAUAUUUGAGUUACUUAAUUGUUUUUUACUCAGUCUGGGUCUCAACUUACUGUUGCAAGUUAGAAUAGUAGAAUACAAAAGGUGCAAUUUAGAAAUUUGGUCAUGCAUCAGCAGUUUUUCUCUUGUUAUGUUUUGAUUGGUAAGUUAGUCUAGCAGCCAGCUAUCUAAAUUAAGUAAUAAUGGUCGAAUUACUGCCCUGGGGCCCCCAUUGAUAUUGUUAGUCAGUCUCACUCAUAUAUCAUAUUAAAAUCUGCAAACAGCACAUUUUCCUCUCUGCCGCAUGGCAAAAUGAGUAGAAUUGCAUGAAAGUAGUUAUAAAAUUGCAAAAUCUUCCCACUGCCCCCAUGGCAAAAUGUGUAGAAUUACAGCACACUUGCUUUAAAACUGCUAAACGUUUUCUCCUCCCCAUGGCAAAAUGUUUAGAAUUGCAGCAAACCUGCUUUAAAACUGCUACAUUUUCUCUAUUAACUCUAAAAUGUAAAGAAUGUCUCUGCGCUGUCAAGAGGGGGGCUGAUAAAAAUGUGGUAUGCAGACACGCAAGCAUUUCAGAUUUUUUGUGGCCCCCACCCCAGAAAAGUUGCCCAUCCCUGAGCUAUGCUAUGUUAAAUUAUUGUUCACAUAGAAUUAUGUUAUUCAAAUGCACUAGCAAAAAAACAAACAAGAAAAGGCUAAUUUCAUUGUGAAAAUACAAUUGGCCUAUAGUAAUGCAACAUUAAAUCAUUCAAUGUUGGAUUACCGUAGGCCCAUUGUAUUUUAAUAACAACAUUUGCCUCUUUGUUUGUUUAUCCUGCCAAUCAAAUGUUUUAUUCCAAAGCAUUGUUUAACUAGGUGGGGAACCAAACCGAAAAUGGUAGAUAGGGUUUUGGAGCAAGCAACAGCCAUUGAACGAGUCCUGGUCUCGUAUCGUAAACAUAAUCACCUCAUCCUCAAAUGGCAGGACAAAGACAUCUUGUCAUCAGUCCAAGCAGCACUGAAACCUGUUGCUAACUUCACUGAUGUUCUCUCGGGUGAGAGUUACGUCCUGUCUCGUGUUCCAGUUACUGACGGGAGAUCUGCACAAGCCGACCUCUUCAACGACACCGACCUAACACAAAGCCUCAAAAGGAAGAUGUCCAGAAGAUGUCUCGAGGAAAAGUACAGCCUACCGGAAAUAAAAAUAACUUUUGUCCAAGUCUUCCCUCCUCGACCCAAGAUACAGAGGCAAAGGGGAUGAUUUGAACGAGAUGAAAGAAGCACUCCUGAAAGAGAUUGUGGAAGCAGGCUGGUGGUGCUACUGCUGCUAUUGCAACUGAGAGAGAUGAUGACUCGAACGAUGGUGCGAGUGCGCCACCGUCUGCCAAGAAAAGGAAUUUAGGGGAUCUCCUCCAGAAGCGAAGGGCCCAAAACACUGCCCUUGUACCCCUCAGAGUCCGUGCAGACACCGAACUGACUCACUACCUGCAGGAACAGCCUGACCCAACAGAUAAUCCCCUGACCUGGUGGUGAGACAACCAGACUCUCUAUCCAUUGAUGUCGAAGCUGGCACGCAGAUGCAUGUGUAUUUGCGCCAGGAGCACCGCAUCAGAGCGAAUGUUCCGCUUGUGCCUCAAGCCGGACAAAGUCAAUAUGCUCGUGUUCCAUGCACGGAACCUGGAGCUGGAGGUAGAAGAUAAUGUGUAGUUUGUAUUUUACCAGGUGUCGCUGUUUGCUGUAAAAUAGCACCAUUUUUUUAUUCUAUAUUUAUUUAAUUAUACUGUUAAUAUUUGCUCUUACCUAUUUAUGUCGCUGCUGUUAGUGGUAAUUUAUUGUAGAAGUGCUAGCCUAUGGCACUUUAGUAGACAAAAAUAUAGUUUGUGUACACAUUCUAUAAUACAAUGCAGGUUUUUAUUGCUUUAUGUUAAAUAAAUGUAUCUUCUAAAAAAAGGGUUGGGUGUCUGUGUGUCUGACAAUUAAUUAAUUAUUCAACAGCAAGAGCAAGACAGUUAGGCCUAUAUCCGUUAAUGUUGUGCCCCCCGCUGUCGGUUAUGUCGAUAACUGCGGACAUAUGACACGCCAACCACGACACCUGAAAUUCCAUGACCGUCACAGUACUAACACACACACACACACACACACACACACACACACACACACACUCUCACACACACACACACACACUGUUAUUUGCAUUCGACUUCCAACAGUCAAAUCACUUCCUAUAAUGUCAAGUCUCCCACUUUUCUGUAAUGGUAAUCUCAAAUUUUGCCAGUGUGUGAAUUCAUUGCUCCAGUUGUUUUUGAUGCAUACAAUUAUUCUGUUUGGUAUGUGAAUGUUUUCACUGGCACUGACAAUAUUUGUUUGUGUGUGUGAGAGAGUGUGUUAGACAGAGUGUAUGAUAGAGAAUGUGUAAGUAAGUCUGUGUGCAGUAGAGUUCAUGCCGUUAUGACCCAGGCUUGGCUAGAGCCUUGCUAGCCUACAGUCUACCACAGAACUCACUGGACCAGUUAGCGGUGGUCCGGCUCUGCUUACAUUACACAGAGUGUUUGUUGCUGUUUAUCAAAUAAAUGGUUGGAAAACACCUUUUUAUGAAUCUAGAUUAGAUUAAAUAACUUUUUGUUUCGUUUAACCGAAUGAAUUGAAUACAUCCAAGAUAAUGAGUUUUAAACAACAUUGGUUAAGUGAAAAAUGUAAUACUAUAACAUUAUUUUAGAACAUAAUUUAACUACAUUUAAAAUAUGUGAUUUUAUAUGCUAAAGAAAAUUAUUAGAUAUCUGAAUAAUAUUGAAUUGCAUGCCUUUAGCAGAGAUUUUUCUGUCAUUGUAAUCAUUGGGCGGGCCACCUAAGUGUGUAAAAAAAGAAAUAAUAUUGUUUUAAAUACAUUUUCAGGAUGGAAAAACUUUUUCAUUGUAAACUUAAACAACUAAAAUCAGAUAUAAAGUAUGUAGAAAACGUAAUAGACCUAUAUUUUUUAAAUAAUCUUUGAGAACUAACAAUCACCAAAGUAAAAGCUAGGGAGAAUUGAAAAUUCCAAUAGCAGUAAUGAUUUUGUUAUGCUUGUGCAUAAGAACACAGCAUUAGCCAUGGCAAAAUGCAUAGAAUUGCAAGAAAUUGGCUUAAAAAAUAAAUCUAAAAUCUACACCACCUUUUCAAAUGUUCUCAAGAAAUUCAGCUGUGCCGACACGCCCCAUGCCACGCCCACCACCUAAGCCCCUUUUUGAUCCAGAAACAAACCUUGUUUGGUAUUUGUUAAUUUAAUUUCACUCUGCAUUUAAUAAGAUUUAAAAAAGGCCAGUCUGCAGUUGGGUUCUGACGGGGUGUGGCAGUUGAACUAAGCUCAUGAGGCAUUUAUAGGUUAUAUUCUUCAAGAAUCAAUGGGUAUAUAUCAUUUAUUUACAAGUCAAAAAAUGUAUGUAGCAACUGCAGAUUGCCCUUUUUAAAUCUAUGUAUUUUAACAUUGAAAUAAGGUAGGAUAUAUGUACGCCUAAAUAUUGUUAGGUUAACUUCUAAUAACUGGACAAUAGCUUAAUUAUUAUCUAGAACAUCAACAUUUACCAAGCCCUUUUUUGUCUGGAAUAUUAUAGCCAUAACAGGAAAUGACUGUGAAUAGGAAUAUCAGUGAACACGAUUUGUUUAACUGCAGUGCAGAUAAUACAUGUUAUUAAGUAGAACAGAUUGUUGGCUAAAAUACUUAUCAUGUUAAUAAUUUUAUCUAAAUACUGCAUGUCAUGUUUUUGAUCUGAAUUGAAUUGCCAAAAAGUACAAGAUGUUUUAUAAUUGAUAAUCUGUUUCACAUAAUUAUUUUUUGAACAGAACUUUAAAAACAGAACACAUUUUUUAAAAAGCCAAACAUCUGUGGCCAUGAUUUUUUACUUUGCGAAAGAGUAGCGCUAGUGAAACAAAAAGAAACACCACUACCCCAUUUCUUGUUUCUGCAUUUUAUGAACAUAAUGUAAACAUAAAACAGUUGUAUUUGAAUAUACAUGUCCAACUUUUUUAUAUUGUCAAAAUGUCACCAAUUAGAAUAUGCCUAGAAUUUCAGUGUGUUAUUUUCAACAAUUAAAAUCAAAACACCCGCGAAAGAAAAGCCCGGAAACAUGGCCUCACACAUACUGUUGUGCACUUGGCAGGCGGAGUCCUGGCCAAUCGUUUGGAUCUAUUUCUGACCACUAAUGUCCCCAGAGCAUAGAAUUAGCUUACUUAAUUAAUUACUGUAUAUGUUAGAUAGCAAAAAAAUUGUGUUUUGUGCAUAUUUAUGUAUUCAAACAAAAUGACCAGUAUAGUACAGAGGCAGGAAAUGUGCUUUAAUUUAAUAGCCGUAUUAUUAUUCACAGUUUGUUUCAAGGAUUCUUUUUUAAUCAUCUCUCACAGGCUUUUAUGAUGUUGGAUUACACAUGUCUGACGCUGUCGAGUUCCAUCUAGUCAGAUAAAUCAGAGGAAGGGGUUUUGCUCUCUCUACUCUCUCUCUCUCUCUCUCUCUCUCUCUCUCUCUCUCUCUGCCUCUCUCUCUCUCCUCUCUAAACUCUCUCUCUUUAUUCCAGUGUUCAGACUGACAAGGAGAAGGGAAGAGAGAAAGAGUGUAAAAGUACAGUAAAUAUAUAUUUAUUGAGCCACUUAGCAGUGAAGUCACAGCACUCUGUGUGGACAGAAUGAUGACGCUUUGAGAGACUCAUGUCAGGGCCACCCACAGGACUGACUGGACCUGGCCUGAACUUUGACACAAAUAGCAGUUUAAUAAACCUGUCAUUAGGGGUCAAUGUGUCAUGCCGUUUCUCUCAGUGUGUCUCUAUGUUAUUACUUGUUUGUUUGUCCUGUUGCUGUAAGCGUGCCUAUAUAUUUGAUUAGCCUCACCUCUCUCUCUCUCUCUCUCUCUCUCUCUCUCUCUCUCUCUCUCUCUCUCUCUCGCUCUCUCGCUCUCUCGCUCUCUCACUCUCUCUCUCUCUCUCUCUCUCAGGUCUGUCCAUAUGUGGUCACAACUGCUUGCUGACGGCUGAGUGGAUGUCAGCCAGUAAGAUAGUGUGUCGUGUGGGCCCAGCCAAAGACGAUAAGGGAGAGAUCAUCGUCACCACCAAGUCAGGAGGCAACGGCACCUCCACCGUCUCCUUCAAACUGCUCAAGGCUGAGAAGAUUGGUAAGAUACUCCUGCUGCCCUCGGCGACCACGCCAGCUCUAAUAUAAAUCUACAAACACAUCUCUCGCUCUCUUUGUCAAUCAUCAGAUUAACUCUAGAACAACUACUCCGUUGCACUAGAACAGACAAUCUUCCUCAGUUUUUCCAACCUGAGGCAGCUGGGAAAUAAAGUAUGGCAACACACCACAAACUCAUACUAUAUUGUCCUGUGUUGCUUUACAAACUGUAUAGUAGCUCUGUCAGGUACUAUAAUUGAGUGUGUGUGAUCUGGGCUGUCCCUCAGUGAUAAUGUGUUUCCGGGGUGUCUGUGCUGUAGGUAUCCUGGACCAGUCUGCUGUGUGGGUGGAUGAGAUGAACUAUUAUGACAUGAGAACCGACCGCAACAAAGGCAUCUCCCCCCUCUCCCUACGACCCAGCAAUCCACUAGGCAUCGACAUUGACAAGUAGGGGCGCACACACACACACACGCACACACACACACACACACACACACACACACACACACACACACACACACACACACACACACACACACACAUACAUACAUACAUACACAUAUACACACAGGCUUAAGUCAUUAAGUCUAACAAACAAACAAUCCCCAUGUGGAGUUGUUUGAAAUGUUAUGCCAACACAGCAAUGGCUCAACUGGCUUUAACCGCUGCACAAAGGCACUGGAAACACCAUAAUUGUGUUUAAAGGAGAGGAAAGAGUUGAAAAGAAAGAGUGCAACCCACUACACAUGACCAUAGCAGGCAGGCCGUAUGGUGUGGCUUCUGCCUCCCACGCGCCUGGCAGAGAAAGCACAGUCUGUAAUGUAAUGUUUACUUUGUAUAGUUUAGUUCUGGUAUGUCUGUGCUCUAGGCCCUCUGAUGUGUGUUCUGUUUAGAGGGGCCAGGGGAUCCAGGGGGCAAGUGACCGCUCGUGGCCAGGGAGGAGAGCCCCUGACUGGGCUGCAAACCCUCCAUGUCCAGGGUCACUUUCCUGGGCCUACUGGUAGGCUACUAUUACCCAGUCAGUUAACUCUAACUGAGAAAGCGUGGUGUCUUCUCUUCAUGUUGAUAACCACAUAGUCGAAAAUGGUCACACGCACACAUGCACACUGCACAGUACACACACACACAUCACAUUAAUGAAUGUAGCCAAUGUCGUUUACUAUAGAGACGGUGGCUAGCUGUCCAAACUAGAAAUAGCUGACCAGGAGAAGUAGAGCGGACGGAGUCAGACAACAUUUUUAGUUAUACAGUUGAAGUCGGAAGUUUACAUACACCUUAGCCAAAUACAUUUAAACUCAGUUUUUCACAAUUCCUGACAUUUGAUCCUAGUAAAAAUUCCCUGUCUAUUUUCAAAGGAUACAGCUAAGAACAUUAACAACUUCAUAGUUAAGAACACUAUAACAAUAUGGAAGAAAAUGAAACGCAUCCCUAUGGAACAGUCCUUGGAAAGAUUUUCAGAAUUCACCGAUAAAUUGGCAUACAUGUAAAACUAAAAGCAUAGAAACUGAAAAUGACUUGGUAGUAGGAAAUACAAUUAUUUCCAUGACAAAAUUAAAAAGCCAUGUUGGACUGACCAAUGUAGACAUUUUUAAAUGCAAGCAAACUAAACGUUUUAAAUCACAACAUUUUGAUUUGAAAUAUUUUGGACAUCAGAGCAAUGUUGAGGGAAUCCUAUUUGAGUCAGAAAAGGAUAUAACUAUGAUAGGUAAGACAUAAAAAAACCUUGCAGAGAGCCUAUCCAACUGACAAUCCAACUGACAAAAUAUAAACUAUUGGGACCAAGACUUAAAAAUAACUGAGAUUGUCACACGAUGGAGGGUGUGCUGGAACAUAAUUAACGAAAUUACAGUUAACUGAAAUGUCCGCUUAAUCCAGUAUAGACAAAUGUAUAUUUAUAAAAAAUUCACAAAUUCUACAGUACAACAGCAGAGUCAUGUCUUAAGUGUAAAAUUAAUAAUGACUCACUAAUUCUUGCCUUCUGGGAAUGCUAUGAAGUCCAAAAGUUAUGGGUGGACUUAAAGUUGGCUGUCAGAUGUUUUACAAUGUAGAUGUACUUUUAAUCUGUCUAUCUGCAUAUUUCAAGACUUGGCAUAUGAGGGUGCGGUGAGAUACCAAAUGGAUUGGACCAUACUUUUCUUGUCAAUCAUUUUGAGAAAAAAAAUACUUAAAAACUGGAAAUCAAAUGAUCCUCCAUCGUUAAGACAGUGGAAGAAUCAAAUGCAUUAUAAUUUCAAUAUUGAAAAUGUGUGGGCGACAGCGAAAAACAGAAUAGCUAAAUUUGAGCCCAUAUGGCAUAGAGUCUUACAAGCACUGGAGAUAGAUGCGGUGGUAUCAUGUGGGUCUGGGCAGGUGUGAUGUCGGUGAUGUUUCUGUGUGUUUUUUGUCUAUACACUACUGGUCAAAAGUUUUAGAACACCUACUCAUUCAAGAGUUUUUCUUUAUUUUUACUAUUUUCUACAUUGUAGAAUAAUAGUGAAGACAUCAAAACUAUGAAAUAACACAUGGAAUCGUGUAGUAACCAAAAAAGUAACCUGUCUGUCUGUGUAGAGCAGAGCAAAGCAGCAGAGCCGAAACAUGUUAAAGCAGGCUUUGAUACUUUGGCAGGUAUGGAUAACUGAACAGGCUGAGAAAGUUCUCUCUCUCUCUCUUUUACUCUCUUUCUAUCUCUCUCUCUGUUUCUCUCUCGCUCUCUUUCGAGAUACAUAUGUAUAAAUGUAAUAUGCCACUUAAAGCAGACGCUUUGUAAAGCGCCUAACAGUACAGUGAGUACAUUUUUAGUAUGUGUGUAGAUGAUCUUUGUGGUAAUUCAGUCCGCAGCCUGUACAUUGCUAGCGCCACACUCUUACCAACUGAGCCACACCGUUACAAGAAGAGCACCGGUACUGUGAGACGAAAGUGUGGUGAAAGUGGUUUGAGAGGUUAAUUGAUGUUAACCUUCCAUGAUGAUGCAGUUUCACCCUCUCUUUCGCCCACUUCUUUCCCAUGACAACCCAUCUUUACUGAUCGACUCUGAGAUCAUUCUGCUCUGUGUCAUGUGUGCUUGUGUGUGUAUGUCUAUAUGUGUGUGUGUGUGUGUGUGUGUGUGUGUGUGUGUUCGCACCUGCGUGCAUCCGUAUGUGUGUGUGUGUAUUUAUCCCCUCAGGGCUCAGUGUGCUCCAGUACAGGACAGUAGAGACUGGGUGGGUGGUGGGUUUGGUUUAGAGUUUAGUUUGUGUAGCCCACGGGUCAUUACCACAGAUCAAACCUUCCUAACAAGCUCUGGGUCCUCCAGGGGCUCCAGGGGCGCCCAGGCAUCACACACUGCUCUUCCGAUGCCCAGGCCUUCCUCCUUGGGCACGGCCUGGCCUCACACUGACCCUGCUGGAGGACUUUAUACCAACACCCCCAACUCACCUUUCAACUUAUUACAUUAUAGAAUGAAAUUCUUGUUAUUUUGUACAAUGUAACUGGUAAAUAUUCUUUCUUAUUUGAGUAACUAUGUACAGUUGCAAGCAUUCCCUCUAAUUCAGUGUUGGUGUAGAUUGUUCAAGUUCAAGUUUCAACUUUAUUGUCAAAGAGCGAAAUGGUUUUUGCAGCAUAAUACAUAAUAAUACAUGCCUUUUAGCAGACACUUUUAACUGAAAGUGACUUACAGUCAUACAUGCAUCCAUUUUACAUAUGGGUGGCCCCGGGAUUUGAACCCUACAAUCCUGGCAUUGUAAGCACCAUACUCUACCAACUGAGCCAUACAGGGACCACAGCAUGAUCAUACAUAGGAGACAUAAAAUAUAAAUUUAACAGGGUUUCCAAAGUAAUCUCUUUUAUAUGUGUGUUUUCUCCCUCAGGGGUAAGGUCCCUCUGAAAGAUCUGGAGGCCAUGUUUUCAGGUGUGAGUGGAGAGUUCACCAGCGAGAACUUCUCAGCUACCUGGUACCUUAUCGAGAACCACUCUGUCACCAGGUAGGUCAGACCGACAUCUUUCUCCUGUACCAGCCAAUCACAACCAUCUUUCUCCUGUACCAGCCAAUCACAACCAUCUUUCUCCUGUACCAGCCAAUCAGACAGGACACCUUCCCAACUACAGUGCCUUCAGAAAGUAUUCACACCCCUUGACUUUUUCCACAUUUUGUUGUGUUACUAAUUGCGAUUAAAGUGGACUCCAAUGUCAAAGUGGAAGAAUAAUUCAAAAACAAUUUUUAAGAUGAAUGACAAAUAAAACAGUUAUCUUGAUUAGAUACAGUAAGUAUUCAACACCCUGAGUCAAUAGCUGUUAGAAUCACAUUUGGGUAAGUCUCUAAGUCACACCUGGAUUGUACAACAUUUGCCCAUUAUUCUUUUUAAACUCUUCGAGCUGUGUCAAGUUGGUUGUUGAUCAUUGCUAGACAGCCAUUUUCAAGUCUUGCCAUAGAUUUUCAAGCCGAUUUAAGUGAAAACUGCAACAACGCCACUCAGGAACAUUCAAUUUCAUCUUGGUUAGCAACUCCAGUGAAUAUUUGGCCGUGAAUCUUAGGUUAUUGUACUACUGAAAGGUGAAUUUGUCUCCCAGUGUCUGUUGGAAAGCAGACUGAACCAGGUUUUUCUCUAGGAUUUUGCCUGUGCUUAGCUCUAUUGUGUUUAUUUUUGUCCUAAAAUUAACCUCUAAUCCUUGCCGAUGACAAGCAUACCCGUAACAUGAUGCAGCCACGACCAUGCUUGAAAAUAUGUGGUACUCAGUGAUGUGUUUUGUUGUAUUCAGGACAAACGUUUAUUUCUUUGCCACAUUUUUUGCAGUAUUACUUUAGUGCCUUAUUGUCGAACAGGAUGCAUGUUUUGGAAUAUUUUUAUUCUGUACAGGCUUCCUUCUUUUCACUCGAUCAUUUAUGUUAGUAUUGUGGAGUAACUACAAUGAUGUUUGAUCCAUCCUCAGUUUUCUCCUAUCACAGCCAUUAAACUCUGUAACUGUUUUAAAGUCACCACAGGCCUCAUGGUGAAAUCCCUGAGGGGUUUUCUUCCUCUCCGGCAACUGAGUUAGGAAGGACGACUGAGUGUAUUGAUACACCAAUCAAAGUGUAAUUAAUAACUUCACCAUGCUCAAAGGGAUAUUCAGUGUCUGCUUUUUGAAAUGUUUACCCAUCAACCAAUAGGUGCCCUUCUUUGCGAGGCAUUGGAAAACCUUCCUUAUCUUUGUGCUUGAAUUUGUGCUUGAAAUUCACUACUCGACUGAGGGACCUUACAGAUAAUUGUAUGUGUGGGGUACAGAGAUGGGGUAAUCGGUCAAAAAUCAUGUUAACCACUAUUAUUGCACAGGGAGUCAAUGCAACUUAUUAUGUGACUUAUUAAGCAAAUCUUUACUCCUGAAUGUAUUUAUGCUUGCCAUAACAAAGGGGUUGAAUACUUAUUGACUCAAUACAUUUCACCUUUAAAUGUUUUUUGUUGUUUGUAAACAUUUCUAAAAACAAAUUCCACUUUGACAUUGUGGGGUAUUGUGUGUAGGCCAGGGACACAAAAUCUAAAUGUAAUUCAUUUUAAAUUCAGCCUGUAACACAACAAAAAGUCCAGGGGUGUGAAUACUUUCUGAAGGCACUGUAACUUCUUUAUGAACGUCAGCCCAAACUACUAGUCACAAACAUAUACAGUAAUCCUAUAUGUUUUCUUUGUCAGCAGCAUAGUUCAACUAUUGAAACUAAUGCAGUGACUUGAGACAACAAAACCUUUUAAUGUUGUCUUUUACAUGCUUCUCAGCCCUUCCAAUCUAUCCACUAACCCAGAAACAGAUUUAGUCUGUAAGCAAAUACAAUCUACCUCCAUUCCCUCUUGAUUUUUGACCCCUGACUUGGCACAAGAAAACUUUGGACAUGUGAAGGAAGUGUCCUUUCUCUUGUUGACCUCUAACCCCUUGUCUUUGUCAUACUAGGACAGUGUUUAUCAGCCUGUCUGUCAGGUUAUUAUUAGUCUCUCCUGGUUUCCUCUCCGUCAUCUGUCAUGGUUCCCCUCCAACUAACCCCAGUCUAACGGUUGGAUCCUGCCUAGUCCUGGCUAGCUACUGCAGGACUGCAGAGUCCACUGUGUUGGGUUGUUUUUGAUUGACAGGGCCUGUGUUUCUUCCUCCAGAGGAAACCUCCAUUCACUCCCAGAGGACACACACACACCCUCCUGCGGACACUCAAACUCACACUCACUCAUGCAUGGCGUUAAUGCCCUCUGUUACACACACAAAAGCAUACGCACACACAACUCCUCUGACUGAUGGGACCCCCUCCCCUCUCUCUCUAUCUCUCGCCCCCCUCUCAGUUUUGACCAGUUGCGUAUAGCAGCCAGUAACCUGAAGAAGCAGGCCACUAAGAAGAAUGAGGGCAGUCUGGCCUAUGUGAAGGGAGGCCUCAGCACCUUCUUCGAGGCUCAGGACGCUCUCGCAGGUAAGAUACUGUACACAGUACACCAAUACUACACAGAGAGUGUGUGGUACACAGUACCCCAAUACUACACAGAGAGUGUGUGGUACACAGUACACCAAUACUACACAGAGAGUGGCUAGCCAACCACAACACACCGAAUUCACUUUCAUUAAAACUACGUCAGCUCUCGACUGUCAUUCACACUACUUGCACGGUAGCAGGCACAGGCAGGGCCAUGAGGCAAUCUGUACUGCUGCUCUGCUGUGUCCUUAUAGAGCCUUAGAGUGGAGUGUGCUGAUGCGUUACAAAUUAUAAUUAUAAUUGUUAUUAUACAUACACACUUACAUUUGCCUCUCACUAUAUACACAAAUACACAGACACGUACAGAACGUGCACAUACUGGACAGACAUCCUGCACACGUAUACUGAUGCACACGUAUACUGAUCCCCCCCACACACACACACCGUCUCCCAUGGCCUUUAUGAUCCACUCUCUGAAAACUCGGAGGUAACAUUGUGACUGCUGUCGCUCUGCCAGGUAGUUCAGUCAAAUCAAUUGUUCAACUGUAUCAUUCAUAUUUUUGUCUGUUUACUCUUAUUUCCCCUCAUAACCACUCAGUUACUUCCCCGUACUAUUUAUAUGCCUCUGUGAUUAUUAUUAUUGCUUUCCUAAUGUAAUGUGUGUGCCCGGCAGGAGCGGGGGGUCCGAGGCAAUGUUUUCAUUGUUAGCAACUGAAUGUAAAUGAACGGAGCAGGGCCACACAAUGCAGGCCAGAGUACAGGGAUGAUAGCGACCCUAAUAUGACCGAGGGGAACAAUACAGACCUUUUCUCACGUUCACCAAACUAAGGGUGCCCAAUAUGCACCCAAUGGGAAGCACAAGUCCCCAGUGACCCAAGAAGUAGAGCUGGUAGAUGGACUCAAAUGACCUGUGAGUCAGGAAGCAAUGGACCAUAAGAUGAAAAGUCAAUUGACCUUUGACAUUAGGAUGUACUUCACUGUACAGGUUUGAGAGUAUAAUCUGACUCAUUACAGUAUUUAGUCCUCUGAUUAUGUCUAUUUUUAGAAUGAUGCUUCUCAGAGGCCCUGUUUUGCUUGGUUAUAAAGAAUGUCUGAGUGCUAGCCCAGCACAUGGUAAGGUUAAGCUUUAGUAACGUGCCAGGGUGCCAGCCAUCUUGUUCUGAGCCAGACGGCUCUAGGCGGCUCCAGCAGUCGCUCAUUGACAGGCCCAGUUAGCACAGCUGUCUGUGAAACUGUGAAUCCUUUAUUUGUCUCUCUCUCGCUCUGUUUGGAAGGUCGUCUCAGUUGGAGUCAUUCCAAAUUAGCUACACCUCAGGUGUUGCUGUACAAAUUGAAAGGAAAUUAAUAACGAAGUGCGUGUGUGCGUGUGUGCGUGUGUGGUCGGAAUGUAUUGCAUUAAAAGUGCCAUGGUACUAAUUGCUGUUUAGCCUGUGGUGCUUCCAGCUCACUCAAUCACCAUGUAACGCCUUCAUCGUUUGUCUACUCAGUUUAUUUUCUCUUCUGCCUGCAGGUGAGAAUUCUAUUGAUGGCUAUCGUAAAAGCCUGAUGUUUUAUUAAUAAGAGAGAGCAGGGGAGUGGGGAUCGCAGUGUGGAAAUAAGGAAGGCAUGUCUCUGCAUGGGCCAAAUCUGGAAAAUUAAAUGAGUUCUGUUCAACCAAAAAAUUGUCAAAACAAGUGGUGUGUUUUGAGAAUCCAUGGGGUUCUUCUCUUUCUCCUGUUCUCUCUCCUGUUGUUUUUCUCUCUCUCUUGGCUUUCUCUCUUUUGUCUCGCCCUCUCCGGUCCUCACUCUCUCCUCAUUCAUCUCCUCCAACAGAAACAGAGACGUGUGUGUGUGCGCAUGUGUGCGCCUUCGUGCAUUUGUGUGUCUGUAUGGACCACUGAUGUCUCUCAGUAAUAAUGUCCUUUGUGUUUCCCUGCUGGGCUUAAACACAGUUUAGCACCAGCCGCUAAAUGGCUAACCCCACCCUCAUCCCAAAGCACAUUUAUGGCUAGUUUGGUUAGUGCCGUUGCUAGGCCAAAUGUUAAACUCAGUCCCUCAAGCGUUGUGGACAGUGAUGAGCUCUCUCCAUAUUACACCCUUAUAACAACCUCAUAACACCCUUAUUACACUGCUCCCCUUCACUGUUAGACUGACACUUGUACCUGGAGGGUACAUGUCUGCAUUCAAGGGUUACAUGAGGUCGCAGAGGUCAAAUUACCUUGAUGUCUGGGGUCACCCAUCCAGUGGGCCAGGAGCUGGGUAAAACAGGAACUGGAGGAACAGUUCUCUAAACUCUUUGUGACCCAGAGCAGACAGGUUGGUGAAAGGCAUGGGGGUUCAUACUCAUACUAGGGGGCUGUUUGGGUAGGCUGAUCCACUGACAAAUUGAACCAUGUUUCACAGUUGUUAUCUGAGACCUGGCAGACUGACUAACUGGCUAACAGACUGACAGGCAGACAGACUGAAAAAUGUAUACAUUCGUUUUAUUAUUUUUUAUUGUUGUGUGAAAAGGAAGUGGCCCUGCAAUACAGGAAACAGACCACCGCUACCGUGUUCCAAAAUCCAAGAUUUCCCAGGGCCGUAUUCCCAAUGCUCCAAACCUCCGACUCCGCUACAGCAGUUAGGAGUCAAAACAUCUCCAGCUUUAGAAUCAAUGGGUUCCAGGAAGCUGAGUGGGGCUGCCUGCGUCUCUUCCUCCACUCCUCUCUGUGUGUGUGUGUGUGUGUGUGUGUGUGUGUGUGUGCGUGUGCGUGUGCGUGCAUGUGUUUGUUUUAUCCGGAGCCUGACGGGGUGUUUAGGUUAGCCAUGACGUCAUGGCCACGGCAGCGAGAGUGUGUGACAGACGGAGAGGACACACAGCUGGCAAGGGGGCACAGGGGUCUCUGCGGAGAGAAGAACCAGAACCUUCAGGCUGUGUGUGUGCAAUGCAUGUGCGUGCUCACACACCAGAUAUGUCUGCAGAAUCAGACCAAUCCUUUAUAACUGUGUUGUUUAGACCAUACACAGACUUAUUGUAGACUUCUCUCUAGUCUACUCUAUCCUUUCAGAGCAGAAGCAGAUGGCAUUCUUCUUCCAUAAAACCUCUGGUUCCUGCCCUGGUUCUCUGAAUGUCUUCUACCAGACCAUAGGGCUGGUGUUCAAGCCAUUCUGCUUGCUGUGGUGGUCCAGUGAUGGCUGUGCCGAUUAGGGAGCCAUGAUAUGAUGGCAUGUUUGAUACAGUGCAUUUGGAAAGUAUUCAGGCCCCUUGACCUUUUCCACAUUUUGUUACGUUACAGCCUUAUUCUAAAAUUGAUUAAAAUGUUUCCCACCCCACCUCAUCAAUCUAUACACAAUAGCCCAUAAUGACAAAGCAAAAACAGGUUUUUUUUCACAUUUUUGAAAUGUAUAAAAAAUUAAAAAUAAAAUAUUAGUAUUCAGACCCUUUACUCAGUACUUUGUUGAAGCGCCUUUGGCAGCGAUUACAGCCUCAGGUCUUCUUGGUAUGACGCUACAAGCUUGGCACAUCUGUAUGGGGAGUUCUCUUUCUUUCUGCGAUCCUCUCAGCUCUGUCUUGUGCCAGGUGGUCCUCGUAGCUCAAUUGUGGCACGGCGCUGUACCCAGGUAGUUGGUUCAUCCCGGACCACCAUACCAAAAUCUCAAGCUCUGUACCCUUGGAUAAAACGUCUAAUGGCAUAAAUUAUAUUAUGGGGAGCAUUGCUGCAUAGCUAUUUUCAGGUCUCUCCAGAGAUGUUCAAUCGGGUUCAAGUCUGGGCUCUGGCUGGGCCACUCAAGGACAUUCAGAGACUUGUUUUCCGGAGCCACUACUGCUUUGUCUUGGCUGUGUGCUUAGGGUCAUUGUCCUGUUGGAAGGUGAACCUUCGCCCCAUUCUGAGGUCUUGAGCGCUCUGGAGCAGGUUUUCAUCAAGGAUCUCUCUGUACUUUGCUCCAUUCAUCUUUCCCUCGAUCCCGACUAGCCUCCCAGUCCCUGCCACUGAAAAAUAUCCCCACAGCAUGAUGCUGCCACCAGCAUGCUUCACCGUAGGGAUGGUGCCAGGUUUCCUCCAGACGUGAUGCUUGGCAUUCAGGCUAAAGAGUUCAAUCUUAGUUUAAUCAGACCAGAGAAUCUUGUUUCUCAUGAUCUGAGAGUCUUUAGGUGCCUUUUGGCAAACUCCAAGCGGGCUGUCAUGUGCCUUUUACUGAGGAGUGGCUUCCGUCUGGCCACUCUACCAUAAAGGCCUGAUUGGUGGAGUGGUGCAGAGAUGGUUGUCCUUCUGGAAAGUUCUCCCUCUCCACGGAGGAACUCUGGAACUCUGUCAGAGUGACCAUCGGUUCUUGGUCACCUCCCUGACCAAGGCCCUUCUCCCCCGAUUGCUCAGUUUGGCCGGGAGGCCAGCUCUAAGCAAAGUCUUGGUGGUUCCAAACUUCUCCCAUUUAAGAAUGAUGGAGGCCACUGUGUUCUUGGGGACCUUCAAUGCUGCAGAAAUGUUUUGGUACCCUUCCCCAGAUCUGUGCCUCGACACAAUCCUCUCUCAGAGCUCUACAGACAAUUCCUUCGACCUCAUGGCUUGGUUUUUGCUCUGACAUGCACUGUCAACUGUGGGACCUUAUAUAGACAGGUGUGUGCCUUUCCAAAUAAUGUCCAAUCAAUUGAAUUUACCACAGGUGGACUCCAAUCAAGUUGUAGAAACAUCUCAAGGAUGAUCAAUGGAAACAGGAUGCACCUGAUCUCAAUUUCGAGUCUCAUAGCAAAGGGUCUGAAUACUUAUGUAAAUAAGGUAUUUCUGUUUUUUAUUUGUAAUACAUUUGCUAAAAUUUCUAAAAACCUGUUUUCACUUUGUCAUUAUGGGGUAUUCUAAUCAAUUGUAGAAUAAGACUGUAACCUAACAAAAUGUGGAAAAAGUCAAGGGGUCUGAAAACUUUCCGAAUGCACUGUAAGUGAGGUUCAGGAAUGCCUCUGCCUCCAGGCUCCCAUCUGUCAGAAGGAACAUACCCACAUUUAUUUACAGAACUCUUUCCUUCCCUCCUUCUUCCCUCUUUCCUUCCCUACUUCUUCCCUCUUUUUUCUCUUUCCCUUGUCAGUUUCUCUCAUCUCGUCCCCUUGCCCUCCCCCUUUUGCCCUCACUCCUCUCUCCCCCUCUCCGUCCUCUCUCCCUCUUUCCCUCUCUCCCCCUCUGUUCUGUCAAUAAAGCCACACUGCCCCUCUCAGCACCCAGCUGCCUAACUACAGCCACAAUUUAUUUGUUCAUGUGAGCAGCCCUGACACGCUCUCUCUCUCUCUCUCUCUCUCUCUCUCUCUCUCUCUCUCUCUCUCUCUCUCUCUCUCUCUCUCUCUCUCUCUCUCUCUGCCUACCCUACUCUCUCCCUCUCUCACAUGAAUCUCUUUCUGGUCCACAUGUUCAGAUCUAUUCUGACCUCCUCUCAUCUAUCUCCUUUUCCUCAAAUCUUCUCACCUUUUACAUCCUAUGCCUUUCAUCAACUUCUCCUUGCCUAACCUCACCAACAGUAUGGCCUACUCAGUGUUGAUAUUGGAAUAUGCACCCUACAGAUCUUUAUUUAUUUAUUAGUCUUGUAUAGUCAACCUGACACUAGCAGCAUCCCUCUCAGCAGUAGAAAUACUGUUCUCCAGUCUUUCAGCUAUCCUCACCCAAAUAUUAUUCCUCCAACUGAUAAAACAUUUGGAUUUGCAAAUUUCCUCCGGACUCUCGGUCUUUGGGUGCAGAGUGUCUACUGUCUAUGCUCCAUUUGGAACCGUCUUUCCCCUAGAAUAGAUUAUUUUCCAGUCGGGGUACAAAGGCCCCCAAAACAACUUUGAUAGUAGGGAAAAUACUGAUUUGGAGUGGAUUUUGGGUGGUACUGCUGAUUCGGUCAAGCCAGGUCAGGUGUAUUGAUGCGGUACAGUUACUGUGGUGACCGGGUCAGGUCAGUGGUUGGCGUGGGAAAGGUUGAGAGGGAGGCGUGGUCAGAGUCCAACAGAAGUGUCUGUAGACGGAGGGUCACGUAG